AUGUGCACCGAACUCCCCUCCAAGCUGCAACACUCUCCUCCUACUCGUCUUUGCGACUUGAUCACGCAUCCUCUUGAUGCGUUUGCCAACGUCAUCCGUCAACUCGUUAAUUACUUCAAGUCAAAACCGAACAAAACUCCUGUGGCUGAAGUAUCGGAUCAGCCAUCGGGUUGUCACUCCACCUUUAGCGGGAACGAGGAUGUUACCGUCACCACAUAUGCGCUGCCAUCCGGCCAGGCUGCGACAUGUCUCACCCUAGACUGCACUCCACAAAGUGCCCUGACCAGAUAUAUCAAGGCUUUGGGCUUGAUCAUCUGUCAAGAUUUCAUUUUGAGACUUCUCGCCAUCACCGUUCUUCUCCGCAAACUCCCUUUCUUCCAUCCCCUCCUCGUCUUCCUACCGAGGCUGUGCGAUUUUGCUCACGGCCAUUUCAGGACUUGCCCUCAGACUGGACAGUCUUCAACCCCCUCAUCGCGUUCACACCGCGGCGGCGGCGAAAAGCGGCAAGACAAGAAGGGCAAGCAACGCCAAAGGGGAGAUGGCAACGGAGACGACCCUAGCGAGGAAGGAAACGACGGCAGUAAGAAGCCAGACGGCCUUCGAUUCCCACAAUUUGACCCCGAGGUCAAGCUGUUUGACUGCCCUUUCCACAACACAUUGAGCGACAGCACGUUCUAG